CAUUUCCCCCCUACUUAAUUCCGCAUUCAUUCUCUACUGUUAUCAGUUGGCCAGCAUACUCAUCCCACUCUCUCUCUCUCUCUAUAUAUAUAUAUAUACAUAUACAUCUCCCCCAUUCUCCUUCACUGCACUCAGCACUACUGCACCAUACCAUACUUAGCUUCUCUUAAUCAAUGGAUCUCUUAGACUUGCUUCUCCUUCUGUCCAUCCCCAUUCUCACCACCUUAUGGUGGCGCCACUGCUCCAAGCCCAACUCCUCCGCCAACCUCCCUCCUGGCCCUCCCGGCUGGCCCAUCGUUGGCAACCUCUUCCAAGUCCUCCUCCAACGCCGUCCUUUCAUGUACAUCGUCCGUGAUCUCCGCACCAAAUACGGCCCCAUCUUCACCAUGCACAUGGGCCAACGCACUCUCAUCAUCGUCACCAGCUCCGAACUCAUCCACCAAGCCCUCGUCCAAAAGGGCCCAUUGUUCGCCAGCCGCCCUGCUGACUCUCCCACUCGCCUCCUCUUCAGCUCCGGCAAGUGCACUGUCAACUCCGCCGAGUACGGCCCUCUCUGGCGAGCUCUCCGCCGUAACUUCGUCGGAGAACUUGUCUCCCCUUCCCGUGUCCGUUCAUUCUCUUGGAUCCGCAACUGGGCCAUUACCAACCACUUGAACCGUCUCCACUCCGAGCAAAACACUCAGGGGUUCAUCCACAUGAUGAGCAACUGCCGUCUCACCAUUUGCAGUAUCUUGGUCUGCGUUUGCUUCGGCGCUAAAGUCUCUGAAGAUCUCGUCAAAGAGAUCGAAGCCGUGCUCAAAGACGUCAUGCUGAUGACCACCUUGAAACUCCCAGACUUCCUCCCAGCGUUGACCCCAUUGUUCCGGAGUCAACUCAAACAAGCCAAAGAUCUAAGGAAACGCCAGAUGAAUUGUUUGCUCCCACUGGUUCGAGCUCGCAAAGCCUUCGUGGAAUCCAACGGAUCACCAAACUCACCAUCCAUGUUUGAGAUGGUGAGUGGUGUGGGAGAAGCGUACAUAGACUCAUUGUUUACUCUAGAACCACCAGGACGUGGAAAGCUCGGAGAGGACGAGUUGGUGACGCUGUGCUCGGAGGUGAUGAGUGCCGGAACUGACACCAGCGCGACAGCGCUGGAAUGGGCUAUGGCUCAUUUGGUUCUCGAUCAAGAAGCGCAGGAGAGAGUGUAUAAAGAGGUUGUAUCCAUGGUUGGAUAUGAUAAAGAGAAGGAGAUCACGGAGAGUGAUGUGGAGGGAUUGAAGUACUUGGUUGCAGUGGUGAAGGAGACGUUGAGACGCCAUCCGCCGAGCCAUUUCGUGCUGUCUCAUGCGCCGACGAGGGAGACGGAGUUAGGAGGGUAUAGAAUUCCGGCAGGGGUGAACGUGGAGUUUUAUACGGCGUGGGUGACGGAGGACCCGACGGCGUGGACGGAUCCCGGUGAGUGGUGGCCGGAGAGGUUCUUGGAAGGAGGAGAAGGGUGGGAGGUUGAUGUGACUGGGACUAGAGGAGUUCAUAUGAUGCCGUUUGGAGUUGGGAGGAGGAUUUGCCCGGCGGCGAGCUUAGGUAUGUUGCAUGUGCAGUUGUUGCUGGCGAGGAUGGUGAGGGAGUUCCGGUGGGUUCCGGUCGCCGGAGAGAAGCCGGACAUGAAGGAGACGUUUGCUUUCACUGUGGUGAUGAAAGAGCCUCUCAAGGCUGUCGCCAUUGAGAGAGCUUGAUUGAUUGAUUUAGUGUGUUAACGUGUUCAUUAAUUGAUUGUGUUUACGUUGGGGAAAAAGAAAUUUUUACUUUGAAUAAUUUGUUUUUUUUUUAAUUAUUAUCAUUGAUUUUCUUUUACAGUGGAUGUCAUUUCAAUAAAAUGUUCACAUU